UACUUUAUAUUACUUUAUUAUACGACACGUGAACUCAUUAUUAAUAACAUUUCAAUAGUCUUGUCAUUUGAUUGCAGUAAUCGUUUGUUUGGCUAAUUUGUCGGUAAAAUUAGUGACCCGUAAAUCAAUUAUUGACUGACCGGUGGCCACACUAGUGAUUUUAAUAGCAUUAUUGACACUAACAUUGAAAUCAUUGAAACACUGCUAACGUGUCGUAUAAUCACUGAUUGACUGGAUUUGUGGCACUCAUUGUCUAACUAGUUAUCACUUCAUUGACAUCCGUGAUAUUAAAGAUGAGCGACGAAAAAGAUAAUCUCAUUUGUGUUGUUUGUUGUCAACACACGGCAAACACCAACAAGAAGUUGAUUUACGCCAUCGGAAAGUGUGACCAUCGGGUCUGUUACGAGUGCUCCACAAGAAUGAGAGUCCUUUGCAAACAAAAUGAGUGUCCAAUUUGUCGACAGAUGUUAGAUCAGGUUGUCUUUACAUUAGUAAAGAAUAGCAAGUUUGAUGACUUUGAUCUCGACAAAUGUCUGUAUCAUAACAAUAAUGGCAUCCAUUUUGAUGAUGAAUAUGCUCUCGAUUCUUAUGGCAAACUUCUUGAACAUCCGUGUCUUAAGUGUCACAAUAGACCACCGUUUAAGACAAUCCACGAUUUAUCCACUCAUCUUAGGAAAGAACAUGAAUUAUUCUUCUGUGACUUAUGUGUUGAAAAUAUAAAAAUAUUUACAAAUGAACGCAAAUAUUAUAACCGAAAAGAGUUGGCCCGACAUCGCAAGUCAGGAGAUCCCGAUGAGAGGAGUUAUAGAGGACAUCCAUUAUGUAUUUUCUGUGACGAACGUUAUGUCGAUCAGGACGACCUUCUUUUGCAUUUACGACGCGAGCAUUUCUAUUGUCAUUUCUGUGAUCCUCCCGGUCUGAACCAAUUUUAUGCCGAUUAUAAAGAACUUAGGGAUCACUUCAUUGCCCAGCAUUAUCUUUGCAAAGAAUGUGACGGACAGGAGGAAAAAUUUACCAAUGCUUUCCAAAGUGAGAUUGACCUCCAGGCGCACAUCACUCAAAUCCAUUCACAAAAUAUGAGCAAAUCUGACCUUAAAAAGGCUAAGACGUUGUCAUUAGAUUUGUUUAUUAGUCAUAGAAGUGGACAUUUAGAUAACGGACAGCAAAACAAACGCCAAAUGAAAAGAGAACAACAGCGUAGAAAUAACCGCAACAACGAUGUCAAAGAGGAUUCCGAAUCCGAUGAACCAUCAGCUCCUGUCAUUGUACAGCCUCCUCGACCCGAAGAUUUUCCAUCACUAUCGGGUUCAUCCAAAGCCAUUAAUAUUAUGAAUACCAAUACAAGUGACUCUAAAAAGUUGUCAAAAUCUUCUAAGAAAUCUAACUCUUAUAGCGUUUAUUUAAAUAAAAGCCCAAAAAUGAAUGCUAUGAACGAUGAAGAAUUUCCAGCACUUUCCGAACAUAAAGGACCGGUAUUAAGGGCUCCCAGUGCUGUCGCUUAUAAUAAUUUAGCGAAACAAACGAUUUCGAGACCACAAACAUCGGGCCAAACAGUUAAUGUUCAAAGAGUUAACUUAAUUGAUUCAUUAUUUACACCGAAUGAACCAACAAAAUCGGUACAAAAGUUUAAGAAACCGUCAAUUAAUAAUAAAGAAGAAUUUCCAUCUCUUCCGGUGAUGACUAAGAAAAAGACUGUAAAAAGUUUAGCACAAAAUAGUGACAACAAAAAGAUAGAUUGGAAUACAUCUACAAGUUCUUCACAUAUCACAAAUGAUAGCAAAAAUUCAAAAAUUGAAUCAAAAAAGAAAAAUAAUAUAUCAAACAAUGCGUCCAAUAUAUUACUGCCAACGAAGGAUGACUUUCCUGUUUUAGCCACUAAUAACAAAAUGACAAACAGUGUUAAACAACAACCACUUCCCAAAUCAUUUUCCACUACAAUAACUAAACCUAAAACUACAGGUCCUCCGCCCGGUUUACUACCAGUUAAUAAAAAAUCUAAUUUAUCUCUGAGUUCAGUCGCUGAGGUAUUUAAUAAUUUGAAUGCAAAUGAUUCGCUCGACAAUAAUUUCAAAGAAUAUUAUUAUAUAAAUCCAAUUGAUUUUAAUGAUCGAAACCAAUCACUUGUUAGUGAAGUGCAAAAUGUUUUGUCUGAUUCAACAAAAUUUUUAUUAUUUAAAGAGGUGUCCAAACAGUUUCGACAGUCGCGUAUAAAUGGCAAUGAAUACUAUGAGAAGUGUAUUGAUUUAUUUGGCAGAAAAAAUUUUAUAACUAUAUUUUCGGAACUUUUGGUUUUAUUACCCGAUAUUUGUAAGCAAAAUGAGUUAUUAAGUGCUCAACAAAUGGAAAUGAAGAACAGUAAGGGAGCCAUUCCUAAGGGUUCCCGACUUUUAGUCAAUUGGAUGUCUCAAGAAUUUGUUAUUUGCCAUAAAUGUAAACAAGUUUUAAUCAUUAAAGAUGAAAACCAUCACAAGUUAGCCCAUGAAAUAUGAUUUAUAUUUUUGCAAAUGCGAUAAUUUUAUUGUGAAAUUUGAAUAUUUUUGUAUAUUUUGAUUAUUGAGCAGUUAAUGUGACAAAUAUAUGAUUAUUAUUGUACACACACUAAUUGAAAAGAUUUAUAUUGUUGUUAAUUAACAUAAAUUAUAAUAUGAUAUUACUUUAUAUUGAAUGUUGUAAUC